CAACAGUUAGUGAGCCACCACCGUAGCUUGCUAGCCAACAUAGCCGAAAGAUUCAAGCUCUUUAGACUUCGGUGUAUAUUCGCCCCUGUGUUUUGAACACACUUUGGUCGUCAAGCUAGUUUACCAUUUACAUUUCAUAUUUACGUUGCUAGUAGUUAGCUAGCUGGAUAGCUAAAACAGCCUAGCACUAGGCUAGUCGAUGAUAAUAAUGUGCUAACUAGCUAGCUAACAUCCAACCAUGAGCUCAUUAAGCUCCUGCCCUGAUAAAGAAGAGGGGGUCUGCUGGACGGAGAAAGAGGGUCUUUGGCUGAACAUUGUCGUAAAAGAGGAGGAGGAGGAUGAGGCUGUCACAGUAAAAAAAGAGGUAGAGGGUGAGGCUGUUGCAAUGAAAGGUGAAGGAGCUCCAGUGAAGGAAGAGUUCAGAGUGAAGGAGGAGGACGUCGUCACUGUGAAAGAAGAGGGGGAAGAAAAAGUGGAGGGUGCCGUUUUUGGAGUGAAGGAGGAGAUAACUGUAACAGUGAAAGAAGAAGAGACUGAAGAUCAGAUUAACAACGGAGAGAGACGAGACUCUCCCUCUGACAGCGAGAAGAGUCCUUCAGGUGAACCAGACCCAAAGACGUCCAAACCAGCAGGACGACACCACUGCUCCCAGUGUGGAAAGAGUUUUACCCAGUUAGGGAGCUUGAAAACGCAUGAGAGAAUACACACAGGAGAAAAGCCCUACCACUGCUCCCAGUGUGAAAAGAGUUUUAGGUGGUUAGGUAGUCUGAAAAAGCAUGAGAAGACACACACACGAGAAAAGCCCUACCAAUGCUCCCUGUGUGGUCAGAGUUUUACCCAGUUAGGGGCCCUCAAUAAGCAUGACAGGACACACACGGGAGGUGAUAAGACCUACCAUUGCUCCAUGUGUGGAAAGGUAUUUAACCGCUUAAGGCAUCUGAAUAAGCAUGAAAGAAUACAUACACAGGAGGAGAAGACAUACCACUGCUCUCAUUGCGGAAAGACAUUUUCCCAGUUAGAGGACCUGGAAUCGCAUGAGAGAAUAGAGAGGCUGUGUUCUGACUUAUGUUUUUGACUGGGAAUUUGUGUUUUUGUUCAUGCCACAUGAAAUCAAAUUGUGUCAAUUAAAUUUUACUCAAAAAUAGGCCUCGAGACAUAACUAUGUCUAAUAUCAGAUGAAAUAUUUUAAUGUGUAUUUCAUUUUGAUAAUGUAAUUUAAUUUCAUUGGACACAAGUAAGUAUAAACCCUCCAAUGUUGUUCAUUAUAUUAUUUGGAUAUUGCAAAUGUAAAUUAUUAUAUAAGUCACUAAGUAAGUAGCCUUUCACGAGCCUUGGCUUGUCUGAGCCAGAAUUAAUCUCCUAUUUUCUGUAGCAGCUUGAUGUACAAGUACAUUCCCUGGACAGUACACUAGUCUAUUAAGUUAUAUAUUGUUGGGUUCUGAGAAUAUGAAAUAUACUUAUUAAUGUCACUGAGGGAGAGAGGAUAAUGUAUAACGUUUACAUUAUGUCAGGAUAUGUAAUUGUUAGCCAUCAGGGAUCCUAUGGGAGGGAUCCACUGGGAGGAGAAGAGACACAGUCUGGUACCAGUCACCAUGACAGCUGUGAGUUGGGGAGGAGUGAGCACUUUGGGGCAGAGGUCAGGUCAGAUGAAGUGAGGAAGAACAGAUCUCACUAAGGUUCUGUAGCAACCGAGAUGCAUUGGCUGUUCAGAUGUGUAGGAGGAGACUCGGCAUAGGAGAAAGGGUUACAUAUCGGUGCUUGUGUGAAUAUAUCGUCUGCACAGCUGUUUGACCCUUUGGGAUGAAUACACUUGGUUUAAGCUUUCAUAGUGUCUGUUGAGUUCUUACUCUAAUAAUUAGAACCUAACAAUAUAGUGCCUUCAGAAAUGAUUCACGCCUCUUGAAAUUUUCCACAUUUUGUGUUACAGCCUGAAUUAGAAAUUGAUUGAUUACAUUUCGAUUUUGUGUCACUGGCAUACACACAAUACCCCAUAAUGUCAAAGCGGAUUUAUGUUUUUAGAAUUUUUGAACUUAUUUACAAAUGAAAAGCUGAAAUGUCUCGUCAGUAAGUAUUCAACCCCUUUGUUAUGGCAAGCCUAAAUAAGAUCAGCUUUUCCAUAAACUCUCUCUGUGUAAAAUAAUGUUUAACAUGAUUUUUGAAUGACUUCCUCAUCUCUCUACCCCAUACGUACAAUUACAAUUAUCUGUAAGGUCCCUGAUUAUUGGUAGAUGGGUAAAAAAAAAAGACAGCAGACAUUGAAUAUCCCUUUGAGCAUGGUGAAGUUAUUAAUUACACUUUGGAUGGUGUAUCAAUACACCCAGCCAAGACAAAGCUACAGGCAUCCUUCCUAACUCAGUUGCCGGAGAGAAAGGAAAACGCUCAGGGAUUGGGCCAAUGGUGACUUUAAAACAGUUACAGAGUUUAAUGGUUGUGAUAGGAGAUAACUGAGGAUGGAUCAACAAUGUUGUAGUUACUCCACAAUACUAAUCUAAAUGACAGAGUGAAAAGGAAGAAGACAAAUAUUCCAAAACAUGCAUCCUGUUUGUAUCAAGGCAAUAAAAUAACACUGCAAAACAAUUUGCAAAUCAAUUUACUUUUUGUCCUGAAUACAAAGUGUUAUCUUUGGGGCAAGUCCAAUAAAACACAUUAGUGAGUACCACUCUCCAUAUUUUCAAGCAUGGUAGUGGCUGCAUCAUGUUAUGGGAAUGCUUGUAACUGUUAAAGACGUGGGAGUUUUGUGGAUAAAAAAGAAAUGGAAUGGAGCUAAGCACAGAAAAAAUCCUAUAGAAAAAUCUGGUUCAAUCUGCUUUUCACCCGACACUGAGAGAUGAAUUCACCUUUCAGCAAGACAGUAACCUAAAACACAGGGCCAAAUCUGGAGUUGCUUACCAAGAAUGCAGUGCAUGUUUCUGAGUGGCUGAGUAACAGUGUUGAAUCUGCUUGAACAUCUAUGGCAAGACCUGAAAAUGGUUGUCUAGCAAUGAUCAACAACCAAUUUGACAGAGCUUGAAGAAUUGUAAAAAGAAUAAUGGGCAAAUGUUGCAUAAUUCAGGGUGUGGAAAGCUCUUAAAAACGUACCCAGAAAGACACAGCUGUAAUCACUGCCAAAGGUUCUUCUACGCAGUAUUGGCUCAGGUGUGAAUACUUAUGUAAAGGAGAUAUUCUGUUUUUCAUUUUUAAUACAUUUGCAAAAAAUCCUAAACAUGUUUUCACUUUAUUAUUAUGGGGUAUUGUGUGUAGAUGGGUGAGAUUUUCUUUUAUUUCAACCAUUUUGAAUUCAGGCUGUAACACAACCAAUGUGAAAUAAAUCAAGGGGUAUGAAUACUUUCUGAGGGCACUGUAGAGGAAUAGAAUUGAGCAUUUCUUGAUUCCAACCAUGAAAUGUCUUGAAUGUGAUUUGAUAUAUGAUUUGGAUAUAGCUAAAUGUAUUUGAUUGGACACACCUACUCAUUCAAGAGUUUUUCUUUAUUUGUACUAUUUUCUACAUUGUAUCUCAAAUUUGGACUCAUCAGACCAAAGGACAGAUUUCCACCGGUCUAAUAUCCAUUGCUCGUGUUUUUUGGCAAACGCAUGUCUCUUCUUCUUAUUGGUGUCCUUUUGUAGUGGUUUCUUUGCAGCAAUUCGACCAUGAAGGCCUGAUUUACGCAGUCUCCUCUGAACAGUUGAUGUUGAGAUGUGUCUGUUACUUGAACUCUGCGAAGCAUUUAUUUGGGCUGCAAAUUCUGAGGCUGGUAACUCUAAUGAACUAUCCUCUGCAGCAGAGGGAACUCUGGGUCUUAUUUUCCUGUGGUGGUCCACAUGUGAGCCAGUUUCCUCAUAGCUUGAUGGUUUUUGCGACUGCACAUAAAGAAACAUUCAAACUUCUUGAAAUUUUACGGAUUGAAUAACCUUCAUGUUUUAAAGUAAUUAUGGACUGUUGUUUCUCUUUGCUUAUUUGAGCUGUUCUUGCCAUAAUACAGACUUGGUCUUUUACCAAAUAGAGCUAUCUUCUGUAUACCACUCCUACCAUGUCACAACUGAUUUGCUCAAACACAUUAAGAAGGGAAAAAAUCCACAAAUUAACUUUUAACAAGGCACACCUGUUCAUUGAAAUGCAUUCCGGGUGACUACCUCAUGAAGCUGGUUGAGAGAAAGCUUUGCACACUCUUGGCAAUCAUCAAGGCAAAGGGUGGCUACUUUGAAGAAUCUAAAAUGUGUUUAAUACUUUUUUGGUUACUACAUGAUUCCAAAUGUGUUAUUUCAUAGUUUUGAUUUCUUUACUAUUAUUCUACAAUGUGUAAAAUAGUAAAAAUAAAGAAAAACCCUUGAAUGAG